AUGUCCAAGGGCGCUGUCAUAAGGAAUUGCCACUUCGAAGGCAACUCUGCAAUCGAAUCUGGCGGGGCGUUAGAUGCUCUGCACAUGGCCGAGGCUUGGGUAUUGGACUCUGAAUUCAGGAACAACAGUGUGAGUGGCGGCUCUGGGGGAGCAUUGAAUUUGAUUAAUGUCUCAUCUGUAUUGGUGCAUUCGUCUGUGGUCAUAAACUGCUCAUCAUCUGGCUCUGGAGGGGGCCUCUUUGUGACGGACUCUGGACCUGUGCAGUUGGAUAUCGCAACCCUGUGGGGGAACACCGCUCUUGGAGGUGCCGGUGGAGGUGCCUAUUUUGCUGAGGUCACACAAGCAGAGGUGACUGGCUGCAAAGUGAUGGAGAAUGUUGCCAUGGAGUCUGGUGGAGGCAUUCUUAUGGCCAGCGUGGGCUCUGUUGGCAUCAAUGGCAGCCACCUUCAGUUCAAUGUCGCACAGCAGGGGCUGGGUGGUGCUUUGGCAGUGAAUACCACAGCAGGGGUCAUGCUUAGGAGCUGCGGAAUGUAUUGGAACAAGGCGGAUGUGGCGGGUGGGGCAAUGCAUGCGGUGGGCGUGGGUGAGGUGAACAUGUGGAACAGUACGCUUGAGCACAACUCUGUGUUGAAGGGCCCAGGCGGCGCAGCCGCUCUUGCCGCAGUGCCCGUUGUCGUGGUGAAUGACACUUCAUUCAACGAAAACAGGGCAGCGGACCUUGGGGGGGCGAUCGCCGCUGGAAAGGCAGUUGAGGCGAAACACAUGGUGGGGUCAUCGGUUGAGAAUAGCACACGCUUUGAGGUGUAUGGGAGCAGCUUCGCCCAGAACACUGCACUGCGUGGAGGAGCUGUGUGGGUUGAUGGGUACCAGCAGGCGACUUUUGAAGGUGCAAGCUCAUUUGUUGAAAACCGCGUUGAGAGCACGGGUGGUGCGCUGUCUGCCAUUGGCUGCACCUCACUGGUUGCAGGUAAUGCAAACUUCACUGGCAACAGUGCAAAAGUCAGUGGCGGGGGGCUGGAGGUGAGCGACGUGCUGAAUGUGACAAUAGUAGCUUCCACACUGACACAAAACUUAGCCAACUCAGGUGGAGGCUCUACCUUUGCAGGCUGUGGUGGACUGAGCCUGCUGUACUGUGGCUUGGCAUCGAAUGUGGCAGUGGAUGGGAAUGGUGGUGCAGUGCGUGCAACUGAGGUGACCAGCAUUGACAUGGUCGGUGGAUCUGUGACUGGCAACAAGGCGCAGGGGUUGGGUGGUGGCAUCUGUGUUAUGGACUCUGGGUCUGUGAGCGCUGAGCGAGCAGCAAUGGAUGGCAACUCUGCAGAGUUUGGCGGGGCCGUCGCAGUGACAAGGGCAAAGGGGCUAACACUGAGCUCUUGUGAGAUGACUGAGAAUAUGGCAGUACUUGCAGGAGGUGCAGUGUAUGGUGAGGAUCUGGGUGGGUUUGCUGCCCACAACUGCAUGUUCACAGGCUGCUCAUCGUCUACAGGAGGAGGGGCCAUUGCCUUGACGACUUCAUCUCCCGUUGCUGUCGAUAGUUGCACGUUUGUGAGCAACAGGGCAGGCAACGGCACAGGUGGGGCGAUUUCUGCAAUGUCUGGUUGUGGCAAAUCGGCAUCUGCUGAGGUUCACAGUGGCUGGGGAACAGGCUGCACUGGAAAGGAAGGGGCCUCGCUGGAGGUUCAUAAAAGCACUUUCAAAAGGAAUGAGGCAGUGAAUGGAGGUGCAGUGCAUGCUGCUGACUUUGGCCAGUACAUUUUGAAUGAAUGCUCUUUGGCAGAUAAUGUUGGCCAGGUGUUUGGUGGGGCGAUCUCAGCUGCUGGCUGUGGCAGCUUGAGGAUCAGACACUCACAGAUGGAAGGGAACUCUGCGGCCACUGCGGGAGGUGCACUGUUUGUGGAGAAUGGGGCAGAGGUGCAGAUUGGGAAUGGUACAUGGAUAGGCAAUCGAGGCCAGUCAGGGGGUGCGAUGGCAGUCAAGGACACAGUGACUGUGGAGAUUUCAAACAGCAGUCUCACCAGAAACACUGCUGACAAGGCUGGCGGGGCUCUGCACUGCAGCAACGUCAGCGUCCUGAACUUGGUGAGGUGUGCAGCAACUGAAAAUCUGGCAAGGGCGCAGGGCGGUGCCCUGAGCUUCGCCAACUCAGGAAUCGUCAAUCUAGUCGAUGGGACCAUGGUUUCGAACGUUGCAGAGGAUGGGCAUGGAGGUGGUGCUGCGGGUAGUGCACUGGAUGCCAUCAUUGUACGUGGCUGUGUCAUGUCUGGCAACAAGGCUGGCACCACGGGGGGGGCUUUCCAGGUCGUGCACGUGGGGGCACUGUCCAUCCAAGCAUCUACCCUGCGAAACAACACAGCAAUGGAGGGCUCUGGAGGGGCUGUGGGAUCGCUAAAAACUGCUCAUAUCCACGUGGUUGGCUGUCUAUUCAGCAGCAAUGAGGCACAGGAUCUGGGCGGUGCCCUUGCUGCAGAGUUUGGAACGUUGUCAACUGUGGAGAACAGCAGCCAAGACUGGCUGGACGCACUGCGAAAUGCGCUCAACGAUGAGUCAUCUGUGGAAGUCGAUGGCUGUGUCUUUGAGAACAAUUCUGCAACAGGCGGGGGAGCCCUGCACGUUGCUGGGUAUGGUGAGGUAGCCAUUGUCAAUGGCUCAAGGUUGUUGAGCAAUUGGGUUGGAGAGUCAGGUGGAGCGCUGUCCACAUCAGGCUGUGUCCAGGUGCGCAUCGACUCAGCCAGCCUGAUUGGUAAUCGAGCUGGGGCUGCUGGCGGCGGUGUCCAGAUGGACAAGGUUGGCAGUGUCUACGUACAGAACAGCACUCUGGGUGAAAAUGUGGCGCUGUCUGGGGGUGCCAUGGAUGCCACCAACUCGAAGAAUCUGGAAUUGGAUCGUGUGACUUUUGCUCAAAACCAAGCAGGCAGUGGCGGGGCCACUCGUGCAUCCAAUGGCGACAGCCUGAGUGUGGCCCAUUGCGAGUAUAGGAACAAUUCUGCCAAGGACUCUGGGGGUGCUUUUAUGCUCGAUGGCGUCACCAAUGUGUCCAUGCUAGGGUGUUCGAUGUCGGGCAACCGAGCAGACUUUGAGGGGGGUGCUGUGCGCAUAACAGAUGCAAAAAUGGUCAAGCUGUCCCUCUGUGACUUUGCAUCGAACACAGCCAAUUCAGGUGGUGCCAUCGUGCUGUCAGAGGUGGCUGACGUCUGCACUGGUGAGUGCACCUUUGUUGGCGAUCAUGCACUUGAUGCUGGGGGCGCGAUGCUUGCUGAGGUGGUGGGCAGCCUAAAUGUGACCGACUGCGUGCUGGAUGGGAAUGUGGCCAGUGUCGGUGGAGGGGUUUAUGCAGCUUUCUCUGGCAUGACCUUCACCAACACAAGCAUGGAGCUAAACCAUGCGGACCGGGGUGGUGCGCUGUACCUCCACCGAGCCGCCAACCUCACAGUGCAGGCCAGCACUGUGGGAAACAACUCCGCCACUGACACUGGUGGCGCCCUGCAGUGUGGUGAGCUGACCCAGGUCGUGGUCAAUCGUUCCACCCUGCAGUACAACGAUGCCCGCAUGGAGGGUGCGUCGCUGAUGGCCGGCUGUGGCUGCGAGGCCAACAUCUUGCUCAGCAACUUCACCUUUUUUGACAACGAGACGCGCAGAAAUCACAGGGGGGGCCUGCUCGGCACCACGCAGCGGUGUAGCCCCCAGGGCAGGAUAGUCAGCAAGAACAACACAUUCACCGCUGUGCCCACGGCAGCAGACACGAUGGGCGGGCGUCUUCUUCACCUGGGAUGGCUGUGGGUGGUGGUGGCAGUGGGGUUUGCCCUUGGCCUGGUUAUCCUGUUCCCUCCCCUGGCCUGCAUCCACAACUGCUUCGGCACUGAAUCGCUUCUGUCAUCGGACGACGAUGAUGAGCUGCUGGCUCCACUGUCGGGUGGUGGUGGGUAUGGGCAAGCUACGUCCACGCUGCUGGAUGGAUUUGGUGGCACUAGGGCUGCCAACGGCAGUCGAGGGCACAGAGGGGCAGGUGGACCAGCCUCUCAGAUCAGUGGAUCGGACCCGCCGAACGAUGAAGCAUGA